AUGGCCUCGGGCCUCGUAGCUAUGCUCGGGCAUUUCCCGGCUGUGCUGGCUCAGGCUUCUAGCAAGCCUAUCGUGGCGGACGGUACUUCGUUUGCCCUCAAUGGAAAAACAGUGUCGUAUCGCUUCCAUGUGGACAACACCACGGGUGAUCUCUACGGUGAUCACUUCGGUGGCUCGGUCACAGGCGAUAUUCCCCUAGAAUCUGUCGCCAGUGUCAAUGGUUGGGUUGGAACGCCAGGUCGUGUGCGCCGCGAGUUCCCAGACCAGGGACGAGGGGAUUUCCGGAUCCCUGCUAUUCGCAUUCGCCAGUCUGAAGGGUAUACCGUCUCCGACUUGCAGUAUAAAUCUCACGAGAUCAUUGCUGGGAAACCUGCUCUUUCUGGAUUACCGGCUACCAUGGGCUCCAAAGAGGAUGUUAGUACAUUGGUCGUUCAUCUGUACGACAAGUACAGUGAUGUGUCGGCCGACUUGUCGUAUUCAAUUUUCCCCAACUAUGAUGCUAUUGUUCGCAGUGUCAAUGUCACGAAUCAUGGAACAGCAAACAUCACUAUCGAGUCUCUGGCUAGUUUGAGCGUGGACUUGCCGUUUGAGGAUCUGGAGAUGAUUAGUCUUCGGGGAGAUUGGGCAAGGGAGGCUCACCGCGAGAGACGAAAGGUCGAGUACGGCAUCCAAAGCUUUGGAAGUGCUACCGGUUACUCGUCUCACCUCCAUAACCCAUUCCUGGCGCUCGUGGAGCCUUCAGCAACAGAGUCUCAUGGCGAAGUAUGGGGCUUCUCGUUGGUGUACACGGGCUCAUUCUCAAUUGAUGUCGAGAAAGGCUCGCAGGGUUUCACUCGUGCUUUAGUUGGCUUCAACCCUGGUCAUCUUUCUUGGAAUCUCCCACCCGGGGAGACCCUCACCUCUCCAGAGUGUGUCUCGGUGUAUUCCAAGGAUGGAAUUGGCGGCAUGUCGCGCUCCCUGCACAGCUUGUAUCGCAAGCAUCUCAUCAAGAGCAAGUUCGCCACUAGUGAUCGCCCCGCUCUUCUGAACAGUUGGGAAGGACUCAGCUUCGACUACAACGAAACUAGCAUCUACAACUUGGCAAAUGAGGCCGCCGAAGUAGGCGCUAAGUUGUUCGUCCUGGAUGAUGGCUGGUUUGGAGAGAAAUACCCGCGAACAUCUGACGAACAAGGACUGGGUGACUGGGUACCCAAUCCAGACCGGUUUCCAAAUGGCCUCGAACCAAUGGUGAAGAACAUCACCGGGCUCAAGGCUGCGAACUCGUCAACAAACAUGCGCUUUGGUAUCUGGGUCGAGCCUGAAAUGGUCAACCCAAACUCGACCCUGUACAAUGAGCACCCCGACUGGGUUUUGCAUGCAGGGCCCUACCCACGGACCGAGAGACGUAACCAACUGGUGCUCAACCUUGCGCUGCCCGAGGUCCAAGAAUUUAUCAUCAAGUCGAUCUCAGACAUUCUGAGCAGCGCAGAUAUCACCUACGUCAAGUGGGACAACAACAGGGGUAUGCACGAGAUGCCUUCCCCGGCCACCGACCACGCCUACAUGCUCGGCAUGUACCAUGUCUUUGAUACAUUGACCUCGAAGUUCCCCAAUGUCCUCUGGGAAGGCUGUGCCUCAGGUGGUGGCCGUUUCGACCCAGGCGUUUUGCAAUACUUCCCGCAGAUUUGGACAUCGGACGACACCGACGCCGUUCAGCGCAUUACCAUCCAACUUGGUACUUCACUCGCCUACCCGCCCAGCGCAAUGGGUGCUCACCUUUCCGCCGUUCCGAACCAACAAACUGGCCGUACAGUUUCAGUUGCAUUCCGAGGACACGUCGCGAUGAUGGGUGGAUCCUUUGGUCUGGAGCUUGAUCCGGCUGAGAUGCCGGCCGAUGACAAGGCUGCUCUACCGGGGCUCAUUGCUUUGGCUGAGAAAGUGAAUCCCAUUGUAUUGACUGGUGAUAUGUGGCGACUGAAUCUGCCGGAGGACUCAAACUGGCCUGCUGUCUUGUUCAUCUCUGAGAAUGGUCAGCAGGCUGUGUUGUUUGUCUUCCAGCUAAGUGCGAACAUCGACCAUUCCUGGCCGCGUAUCAGGUUGCAAGGCUUGGAUGCGAAGGCGUCCUAUAAGGUUGAUGGCAAUGCGUCGUAUACAGGUGCCACUUUGAUGAACCUUGGUCUGCAAUUCCCAUUCGAUGGCGAUCUGGGUAGUCAAGUUGUGAUGUUGGAGAAGCAGUAG